CUUCUCAUGUCUGUGUUUGACAACAGCAUGAAAACAUUUGGGGUUAUUGAAAGUGACCCUUUUGACUGGGAGAAGAGUGGAACUGAUGGCUCUCUGACAACAACAACUACUUCAACCACGCCUCAGUUGCACACUCGUCUUACUCCGGCUGCAAUUGGAAUUGCCAACGCCACUCCUAUCCCAGGAGACUUGCUGCGAGAAAACACAGAUGAAGUGUUUCCUGAUGAACAGCUCAGUGAUGGAGAGAAUGGUAUUCCAGUUGGUGUCUCACCAGAGAAGCUACCUGGAUCCCCUGGGCAUCAGCGUCCUCAAGAAAAAGAUGUUUGGGAAGAAAUGGAUGCAAACAGAAACAAAAUAAAACUAGGGAUCUGUAAGGCUGCCACAGAGGAAGAAAACAGCCAUGGGCCAGUGAAUGGAAUGCUUAAUGCACCGAGUCUCGGUUCUCCAAUUCGAGUUCGCUCAGAAACCACCCAGCUGGACAGAAAUGUCCCACUGGUGCGAAAGUUACGUUCGAUUCACAGCUUUGAACUGGAGAAGUGUCUGACGUUGGAGUCAAAGCCAGAUACUGAUAAGUUUCUUGAGACGUGUUUGGAGAAGAUGCAGAAAGACUUGAAUGCUGCGGCAGAGACUCCUGUUGCUGCUGUUCCUCCUCUUUCUCAGAAAACGGCCAUUCCUGUGACUGCCCGCAUGGACCACGUUUGGCACUACGAUGAAGAAUAUCUCCCAGAUGCUUCAAAGCCUGUGUCAGCUAGUUCUCCAGAACAUGCUGACGGUGUUAUUAGCAAUGGAUUUGUAGCUGUCAACUUAAGCUCCUGCAGGCAGGAGGUUGACUCCAAGGAAUGGGUGAUAAUAGAUAAGGAACGGGACUUGCGGGACUUCAGGAUAAAUGAGGCUUUAGGGCACAAAACAACUGGAAGUCCCUCAGAUGAAGAGCCAGAGGUACUACAAGUUCUAGAGGAGUCCCCUCCAGAAGACCAGCCCAGACAGGGUGGUGGGGCAGGAAACGGCGUCCAUGCCAAGAAUCAGACCUCUGAGGUGGGGUUUGUUCUAGCCAUGGAGUGUCAUCCUGCUGUUUCUGAACAGCUUACAGAUAAAUUGGAACUUCUGUCUGGAGCUGCUGGACAGCUUCUUGCAGCCACCCCUACAAGUCCUAUGGAAGCUCAAGCGGAAGGAGCACUCACUCCGAUGACAAUACCCAGACCUUCAGUGGCAUCCACACAAUCUGCUUCGGAGAGCUUUCAUUAUGGCCACCAGCUGGAGAAAAGAGAGCAGGAUGCUCAGUCUGUGGAACACACCGCAGAACUUUCCUCUCCAAAGGAAAAUCUGCCAGGGUUGGUUGUGACAGAAGAUGCACUUCCAGCUCGUGCCAGCAGGCCAGAUUUGGUACUUAGUAUCAGCCAAGAGGUGCUUGACAGGGAAGGACUUGUCAAAGAGUGUGUCAACAUCCUAGACUGUGGCCAGAAGGGCCUACCUGAACAACACAGUGGGACUCAGGAAGAGAAAGAACUUGAAAAUAUGCCGGUAGAGGAGGGUGAGGAGGAAAGGCUUCCAGUGGUUUCUGAGGAUGCCAUUGAAAUGCUAAGCAAGGAACAGAAUUCUUUGCCAGGAAACUCAAAAUCUGCAGAGGAAGAGCCUCUAACGAAUACUGAAGCUGCUGAGGAAUCAAAGCCAAGGCCUGUCUGUUUGGUGCCAAAUCAAGAUGAGGUUCUGAAGUCGGUAGCACCUAAAACAUCAGAAUUUUCUCCCUCAAGACCUACCAAACCACAUAUUAAUAGACAGGCAAGCAAAAUAGCACCAGUUCAGGAAAAUGGUUUUCAUUCUAAUAAGGAAGAAGUCCAUAUUCAAGACUUGAAAUGCCACCAAGUGGCCCUUACUGCUUUUUUGCACCAGGAGGACAAAAAAGAGAAACAUGCUCCCAGAAAUGGAGAGUUACUCCACUGCAUUUCAGAAAAUGAGAAUUCUCAUCGGUCUAAGAAGGACUUGGGUAAAUCUCCUUUUGUAUUCAGGCAGAGCCGGAUCCCAGUUCUAGCACAAGAGAUAGACUUAACGUCAGACUCCUCUUCUCCUGUUUCAGCAAAGGAAAAGCUUCUUCUAAAAAAGGCUCAUCAGACAGACUUGGUGAGACUACUUAUGGAAAAGAGACAGCUCAAAUCUUUCCUUGGUGACCUCUCAAGUGCCUCUGAUAAGUCACUGGAGGAAAAAAUGGCUGCUGCUCCAGUACCGUUUUCUGAGGAUGAUGUCUUAUCCUCAUUUUCUAGAUUGACACUGGACUCUCAUUUCAGCAAGCAGACAGAAGAUAGCUCUUUAUCUCCAAGCAGCCCUCAGUCCAGAAAAAGCAAGAUUCCAAGGCCAGUGUCCUGGGCAACCACUGAUCAAGUCACCAGUUCAAGUUCAGCUCAGUUCCUUCCUCGGCCACCACCAGGAAAACCGCCUGCUAGACCUGGAGUAGAAGCUAGGUUACGGAGAUACAGAGUCCUAGGGAGCAGCAGCUCGGACUCAGAUCUUAUCUCUCGUCUGGCUCAAAUCCUGCAGAAUGGAUCUCAAAGACCAAGGAGCUCUACCCAGUGUAAGAGUCCGGGAUCUCCACAUAGUCCAAAAACACCACCCAAAAGCCCUGUCAUCCCCCGACGCAGUCCCAGUGCCUCCCCUAGGAGCUCUUCUUUACCCCGUACUGCCAGUUCUUCUCCGUCCCGGGCUGGGAGACCCCAUCACGAUCAGAGGAGUUCAUCCCCACAUCUUGGGAGGAGUAAAUCACCUCCUAGCCAUUCAGGCUCCUCAUCUUCUAGGAGAUCCUGCCAACAAGAGCACUGCUGCAACAAACCAAGCAAGAAUGGACUGAAAGGAUCUGGCAGUUCCUUCCACCAUUCCCCAAACACUAAGACUCCCACAGGAAAGAGCAAAUCAGCCACUAAGCUUAGCAGAUAA